GGUUCAAUCAGCCAGUGCUUCUUACCAGACUCAAACUCAUUUAUUUUUCCUUACCUUCAAGCUAGCUUUCUAUUUUCCGUAUGACGUUGUUGCUGCCUUGAUUCUAUAGUUAGCUGUCUUAACGUUGCCAGCUAUCGUCAUUUCUUAUGUGCUAACUCGCUAGCAAACAGGCUGUUCAGCAAGUGACAAGGAUGGGUGCACCCACCAGCGGACUUUUCAACUAUUUCGUAGCAGACAAUACUUCAUGUCAACUCUCUUAACGUAACUGGCGAUGUGUGUCAUGCAUCUGGCUCAGUAUUUAACCUUACACCACACUAGUUAUUAGCCUAUUAUUCCAGCCGGUCGACAACAUUGGUUCAGGAGCUUGGAAGGUUGAUGUCUUUGGAUACCGUUCAACUUUAAAACUUGGAAUAGGAAGAGUGAAUAUGGAAACACUAAAAUGACUGAUACUUUGGUGUCCUAGCCUCUUUUUUCAUGGGUCUAUACCUUUGAAAAGGUGGACUUGGCCAUUCUAGCCAUUCUAGCCAUUCUUAUUUCUGCUUACAGCAUCACUGACCCCUUUACUGAAUGAUUAUUUUGAAUCUUCUUCAAAGAAAACAUUGAUGGGAGAAGAACAAAGAACCUGAAUAUCUAUAACCUUUUUUUUUUUUUUUUUUUCCUCUCUUCCAAUUUUUCUUCUUAAGUUGCAAGGGCAAAUUGCACAUAUCCUUGCGAACUCUCGAAAAUAGAAGCAUAGUCCUUUUUAUUACUUCUGUCGGAUUGAAUUUGCCAUUUUGAAAAGGAACAAUGACUACUGCUAGAACAGAGAGUCAAGUGAUUCUGGGCUUGUCCAAUCAGAAUGGCCAGCUUCGGGGCUCAGGGAAAACAGCAGCUGGCCCAGGUGGAGGAAGUCCUCAACAACCAGCAAGCCAAGUGAAGGCCACUAGCACAAUCAACAAUGGCAGUUCCCAGCCAGCACCAACAAACACAGUCAUCAAACCUGGAGAUGACUGGAAGAAAAGCCUAACGCUCCCUCCAAAAGACACGAGAAUGAGGACCUCGGAUGUGACUGCAACCAAGGGGAAUGAAUUUGAAGAUUACUGCUUGAAGCGGGAAUUGCUUAUGGGGAUCUUUGAGAUGGGCUGGGAGAAACCUUCCCCUAUUCAGGAGGAGAGCAUUCCUAUUGCUUUGUCGGGGAGGGACAUCCUGGCCAGGGCGAAGAACGGCACUGGGAAGAGCGGAGCCUACCUCAUCCCCUUACUUGAACGCAUUGACCUAAAGAAGGACUGCAUACAAGCAUUGGUCCUCGUUCCUACUCGAGAGCUGGCCCUGCAGGUGAGUCAGAUCAGCAUCCAGGUCAGCAAACACAUGGGUGGAGUUAAAGUCAUGGCAACUACUGGUGGCACUAACCUUCGUGAUGACAUCAUGCGACUUGAUGAGACGGUACAUGUGGUCAUUGCCACACCAGGAAGGAUCUUAGACCUCAUUAAAAAAGGAGUGGCAAAAGUCAGCCAGGUGCAGAUGAUUGUGUUGGAUGAGGCUGACAAACUCCUGUCCCAGGACUUUUUGCCGAUGAUGGAGGAGACUUUGAGCUUCAUGUGUAAGCAGAGGCAAAUCUUGUUGUAUUCUGCUACCUUUCCUCUCAGUGUGCAGAAGUUCAUGAAUGCCCAACUGCAGAAGCCUUACGAGAUUAACCUUAUGGAGGAGCUGACUCUGAAGGGUGUGACCCAGUAUUAUGCCUACGUCACAGAAAGGCAGAAAGUGCACUGUCUUAAUACUCUGUUCUCUAGGCUCCAAAUUAAUCAAUCAAUAAUCUUCUGCAACUCAUCCCAGAGAGUUGAGCUCCUGGCUAAGAAAAUCUCUCAACUUGGCUACUCCUGUUUCUACAUUCACGCGAAGAUGAGACAGGAACACCGUAACCGUGUAUUCCAUGACUUCAGAAACGGUCUCUGCCGGAAUCUAGUCUGCACUGAUCUCUUCACCAGAGGAAUUGACAUUCAAGCUGUGAAUGUGGUGAUAAACUUCGACUUUCCCAAGCUUGGAGAGACAUACCUUCAUCGUAUUGGCAGAUCUGGACGCUUUGGACAUUUGGGUCUAGCCAUCAAUCUGAUCACCUAUGACGAUCGCUUCAACCUGAAGAGUAUAGAGGAGCAGUUGGGAACAGAGAUCAAACCCAUCCCCAGCAGCAUCGAUAAGAGUCUCUAUGUGGCCGAGUUCCACCCUGAGAGUGGGGAGGAGCUGAAGCUGUAAGGAGAGAUCAUUUGUCCCAUACGCUCCCUUUUAGUUGCCCCAACCCCACCGUGCUGUGGGGAUUUUUGUUCUUGUUUUGUUUGGUUGUCUGCACCAUUGUUUGUCCUUUCCAUGUCCAGUUUCUUUUUUCUUUUUUUUCUUUUUUUUUUUGAUUGCUCCAUAAGAAAUCUGAAAGCCUGAUCAAUGGGGGAAGGGAAUCAUGGCUCUGAACAGGAGGCUUAGCUGAAGAUCCACCAGAAGACUCGGACACUAUACUGAGGAGGGAAGUAUGGAAUAAAAGGACUCAAGCACCUUUCAUGAGAGAAGAAAUGACAACCAACAGCCCACUCCUUAUCAGUUAUUACAAUCACAGCAACUCCUUUUCAGUUUUAUUUUCUCCUUUUUUAACUAACUGUAUCAAGUGCCUUAACAAGCAGCUUUUAGAAGUAAUCUCAUAAUGCCCCACACCCUCUUGUACAUUGUCUUUUGGGUGUCUUCCAGUUCCUACCCCACACUGCGCUCACUUCUAACACCCCAAACAACAAAAAACAGGCUCCUUGCGAUUUUCCUUCAUUCAGUUUUUGAAUAGAUUUGAGCUGAGACUUCUUGCUCCGUCAUAGAGUGGGCAUAAGAAAAAAAGCCAGAGAUGACGAACACGUUCAUGCUGUCUUCAUUGCAUCGGAUACAACACUGCAGUGAGAGACCCGGAUGUGUGUGUGCUACCCACUCCUGCUCAGCCGUGGCAGGACUGAUGUUGCUCCUGAGUUUCCUUAAAGGCUCGUUUUGGCUGUUAAUCCAUUCGGUGUCGUGGAGCAUGUACUUCUAUAGACUCAACCUUUCCUCUCCCCGGUCUUCGUUGUGCAGACUGAGAGACCUGAGCAGAUACUCUACAGACUGUCUCCUGGCAACCGUGAUUCCUUCCUGAUGGAAUCUGUAAAAAUGUUUCUUUGGCCCACGGAGUGACAUUCGUAAUGGGUGGCUAAUCCUCUCACUUCAAGAUGUGCCAUCCUCACUGCUUAUGUGGCACACUGUAAACUUUUGUAAAUACUUUCAUUUUUAAGGAUUGUUUUAAAAUGUGUUUAAAGGCUUGGUGAUGACUAGGGCAUCUCUGAGAUUUGGGGUUCUGUCAGCACUUUUUCUUUUUUUUCCCCCCUUUUUUUUUAUUUUUAAUGUAUAGAUAUACUGAAACCAAAGUGUUCCCAACCCCUUUCUCCUCUGCUGGUAACGAGCAGCAAAUUAGACAAUGUAUUUAUUGAUUUAAGAUUGAUUUGGUGAUACAAGAAAAAAUGUGGAUGCAGAUAGAGGUUUUCUCCCAGUUUUGUAAUUGGUUUACCUGUUCAUCUUGGCACUUUUUUAUUUAAAUAGCUUCCCAAGCCUCCUUAAACCAGUGUUGACAGACUUCAUAUUCAGACUGCUAAGAAAAAAAAGGAAAGCCUUGUAUGAACACAACUUACUUGCUCUCCAUCUAGAAAUGCAGAUGUGCAAGGUCGGAAGACCCUAGUCAAAGUGACUUCACAACAUAAAUGAAUUUCUGCAUCAUGUAGUCUAAGUCUUUUGCUGCAGGGCAGCUUAAUUGGCAGUUUGUAAAUUGAUAAUGCUGUUACAUUGAUCUCCGUACUGCCAUAUGCACUUAAAUGACUUCUGCAAGUGAGUACACACAUUAGAAUUUAGACUGUUGUGAACUCUGCAAAAGAAAUGAGUUGGUGAAGGAGAAACCGAAAAAU